CAUCAUCCUCAUGUGACCCAAACAUUGAGGAAAAAGAUAUUAAUAAAAGCAAACAAUCCAUUUCUCCUUCUUCUUUCUUCUUUCUUCUUUCUUCUUUCUUCUUUCUUCUUCUUCUUCCUUACAUUUCUCUGUAAAUCAAACAAAAAAAUGAUCACCGGAAAAGACAUAUACGAUGUAUUUUCAGCAAUUGUUCCACUAUAUGUUGCAAUGAUAUUAGCUUAUGGCUCUGUUAAAUGGUGGAAGAUCUUCACUCCCGAUCAAUGCUCCGGAAUCAAUCGUUUUGUCGCCGUCUUCGCCGUUCCAUUACUCUCUUUCCAUUUCAUCUCCUCCAACGAUCCCUACGCCAUGAACUACCAAUUCAUCGCCGCUGAUUCCCUCCAAAAGGUUGUCAUCCUAUUUGCUCUGUUUCUAUGGCAGAGCUUCUCAAAACAGGGAACUCUUGAAUGGAUGAUCACUCUGUUUUCCCUUUCAACUCUCCCCAACACUCUCGUUAUGGGAAUCCCUCUUCUUAAAGCCAUGUAUGGAGAUUUCUCUGGCAAUCUUAUGGUCCAAAUUGUUGUUUUGCAAAGCAUAAUUUGGUACACUUUAAUGCUCUUCAUGUUCGAAUACAGAGGAGCUAAGCUUUUGAUAACAGAGCAGUUCCCGGAGACGGCUGGAUCGAUUACUUCAUUUCGUGUCGAUUCCGAUGUGGUUUCGUUGAAUGGGAGAGAGCAAUUGCAAGCGGAUGCUGAGAUUGGUGAUGAUGGGAAGCUUCAUGUUGUUGUUAGAAGAUCUGCAGCUUCUUCUAUGGUUUCUUCUUUUAAGUCUCAUGGUUUGAACUCGUUGACUUCCAUGACUCCUAGAGCUUCGAAUCUCACCGGCGUUGAGAUUUAUUCCGUUCAGUCUUCCAGAGAGCCGACACCUAGAGCUUCUAGCUUCAACCAAACGGAUUUUUAUGCCAUGUUUGCUAGUAAAGCUGCUAGUCCUAAACAUGGAUACACCAAUAGUUUUCAAGGCGACGUUUACUCGUUGCAAUCAUCAAAAGGAGUAACGCCAAGAACGUCAAACUUCGACGAGGAGAUGUUGAAGAAGAAAAGAGGAGGGAGGAGCAUGAGUGGAGAGCUUUUCAAUGGAGGAUCAAUGCCAUCUUACCCACCACCAAACCCCAUGUUUUCAGCUUCUUCAAGUGGAGGCCAAAUGAAGAAGAAAGAUCAUAACAACAACACCAACAGCAGCCAUGGAGGUGCAAAUUCCACAGCUAACAACAAUAACAAGGAGCUUCACAUGUUUGUUUGGAGCUCAAGUGCCUCUCCUGUCUCAGAAGGAAACCUCAAACACGCCGUAAAUAGAACCGCUACCGCCGCCGACGUUGCUGCCCUUGAUGCUUCCAAAGCUCAACAAGAAGCUAUUGCUGCAAAAGGGCUGCAAGAAGUGAUACAAAAUAUGAGUCCAGGAAGGAAGAAUAGAGAUGAAGAAUCAAUGGAGGAAGGAUCAAAGAAAAGGUUUAGAGGGAACAAUAAUGGAUCUCCAUAUAGUGGUUUCCAAAAGAAGAUGAACAUGGAAGAAGAAGAUUUUGAACAAAAUAAGAACAAUAAACAACAUAUGCCUCCUGCAAGUGUCAUGACUCGCCUCAUUCUCAUCAUGGUGUGGAGAAAGCUCAUUAGAAAUCCGAAUACCUAUUCUAGUCUUCUCGGCGUUGCGUGGUCCCUCGUUUCUUACAAAUGGCACAUUGAAAUGCCUACCAUCAUAAAAGGAUCCAUCUCAAUUCUAUCAGAUGCUGGUUUGGGAAUGGCUAUGUUUAGUCUUGGUCUGUUCAUGGCUUUACAACCAAAGAUCAUAGCUUGUGGAAAAUCAGUUGCAACAUUUUCAAUGGCAGUAAGGUUCUUAACAGGCCCUGCUGUUAUGGCUGCGACUUCCAUUGCUGUUGGUCUUCGUGGAGUUCUUCUUCAUGUUGCAAUUGUUCAGGCUGCACUUCCUCAAGGGAUUGUUCCUUUUGUAUUUGCCAAAGAGUACAAUGUUCAUGCAGAUAUACUUAGCACAGCGGUUAUAUUUGGAAUGUUGGUUGCCUUACCAAUUACGAUACUAUAUUACGUGCUUUUGGGAGUAUAAGUUUGUUUGACAAAUUAAGAUUAAUUUAUGAGAUGAGCACAUUUAUUGAGAGGUUUAGGAUUAGGGUUAGACUUUAGUUUAAUUUAUUUAAUCAAAGGGGGAAGGAGCUCAUUAGGCUAAGUAUAUAGUGAUCUUCUCUAAAGGAUGAUUGAUUAUUUAUGUGACCAAUGGGUUAAUACCCUCACAAAUAUAUUACAUUUAUAUGUAUUGUUUGAAAAUUAAUUCCCAAAA